CUUUGGUACGGGGCAGCGUGCCAGCGCUAGAUACUCUCUUGCAGUCUACUUCACGCGACCCGAACUCCGAAGCAGAGCUCCUGGGAUCCCGAGCACUCGUCACUCGUGCUCACGACCGUGCUCCACCGUUUACGCAACCGUGCAGUUUAAACGCCGCAGCAUUUCGCGGCACGAUUCCAGUGGAAGGCACCGGUGCGCCAUUCCCAUCCUCGGCUCAUCAUCCAGCACACACCCCCGUGCUGCUCGCUACAAAUACCAAACCCUGUCCCCCCGCUCCCAAAACCAUUCUAUCAGUCACAAAAUUAAGCUACGAUCCGUGCGAGAAGCCAUGAAGCCGUCGUGCGCGCUGCUAAUCCUUGCAGUCAUGCUCGCCGCGUCCGGCUCCUCGUGCCGGGCGUCCAGAGCAGCGCCGGCGGCGAAGUGCGACCCGCGGGCGCUGCGCCCGUGCGCCCCGGUGAUCCUAUUGGGCACCGCGCCGUCAACAGCGUGCUGCGUGAAGCUCCGGGAGCUGAAGCCGUGCCUGUGCAAGUACGCCAAGAACCGCGAUCUGGGUAAGUACAUCAAUUCCCGGGACAGCAGGAAGGUUGCAGCCGCAUGUGGCCUGCGCGUUCCUAUCUGCUAGGAGUAGAUCGAAGUUUAUGCGCGGUGGAAUUAAUCUGAUACGUUCCUCUGGGUUCCUCUUGACGACCGUCUCCAUUUCUGACUGCCAUGCGGUUGUGAUAGCAGAGAUAAGUUGUAAGAGGACGGCGUAGUUAGUACCACUACUAGUUAGUUACUGUUGAUCUUGGAGUAUCUCAAGAGUUCUCAAGAAAUUAUGUCGAAAACCUGAUUAGAUCUGGAUCAAUUUCCUCUCAGGUCACUUGUGCCAUGUAGAAGCGUAAAGAUGAAAUGAUCACCUUGCAGGAAAUGAAAUGGACUUUUCA